AUGCCUCCUCCACCGCAUCGCCAGAGCAAUCCGAUCCAAGGCGCCGUCCGAGAUUGGCUCGCCUCGCUCGAAGCGCCCGACCCUGGACAGGCGCACUCAUGGCGAGAGGACCUCCUCAACAGCGCGCCCAAGCGCUUCACAAUCUACGAGCCACUGGCUUUGCUUCCUGCCGGGAGCUUCGCGAGCCAGCGUUGGGCCGCCGAGAUGGACCGCCGAGACGCAGACACGCUGGCUGCGCUCUGGUCACUGAUCUUGAGAGAGCUUUCCAAGAAGGCCAAGAGCACAUUGACGAACCUCGCCGUCAACGAGGGCAUUCCACUGCACAAUGAAGUAGACGAGGCCGAAAACGUCCGGCGGAGCCCAAGCGGACUUCGGAUGCUGUUUGGCGACUUUGGCCCGGCGCGGACGGAUGCUGAGCCGCCUUUGGAAGAGGACUUUGCCGGAGCGCUGUGGGUGUCGACGAAGCAGAACGGCAUCCUGCAGACCUGGGCGCCGCGAUGGACCAUGUUUAGCCGCGGCAACGUCAAGGAAAAGGCACGGUUGCUGAGCUUCCCUAGUGCACGGAAAAGGCCACCACCGGCUGGCUCUGCCGGGGGAGAUGUCUGGGCCGUCGACCUAUAUGCCGGCAUCGGCUACUUUGUCUUUUGCUACGCGUCCCUCGGCAUGCGGGUCUUGUGCUGGGAGAUCAACCCCUGGAGCAUCGAGGGCCUGCGUCGAGGGGCCCGCGCCAAUGGCUGGACAAUCAAGAUUGUGGUGUUCCUGCAAGGCAACGAGGAAGCGCCGAGGAGGAUCAAGGAGGCGCAGACAUUGGGUCUCGUGGAGCAUGUCGAGCACGUCAACUGCGGUUUCUUGCCGACCAGCACGCCAACCUGGAAGCCGGCGUGGGAAACGACACGCCUGAGCUCCGAGUGCUGGCUUCACCUGCACGAGAAUGUCGGCGUCAACGACAUCGAGUCCAGACGCGGGACCAUCCAGCGCCUUGUCCAAGACUGGAGCGCGUCAGAAGGGGGAGACAGGACGCCCGCUGUCAAUCACGUCGAACAGGUCAAGACGUUUGCGCCGGGCGUCUGGCACUGCGUCUUUGACGUGCACAUAACGAGACAUUCAGAGGGCACAUGA